AUGGAGGAAAAUACCUCACCACAUCCAGUUCAACAAGAUGAUGGAAAUAAAGGUACAAACACACAAAUAAGAGAAGAAAAGAAAGAAGAAGAAAGUAGUGUGUGGUAUUCCUUCUUUUUAAAUCACCCCGUUGCUUCACUCUUGUUUACUAUUUUUCUUAUUUAUAUGGGAUACAGUUUCUAUACGAUGUUCUUCCCACCAUCUGCGGGAUAUAGAAGCGCAUAUAAACCAUCAGACAUCUUUCAAUUAAAUGCGACGUUGAUUUAUGGCACUACAAAAGUACUUGUGAACUCACACAAUUUCUCUUUUGCACAAGUCACUUCCACUCCACUCUCAACAAAUAUCUCCCUCCCAAUGUUCUUUGUUGAAAAACUCAAAAUGAACGAAACAGUCUUCUUCGAGGCAACAAUUAAACCGACGUCACGCCACGAUAAUAGAACUAAAGUAUUUAAGACGCCAAUUCUUCGCAAUUUCAUUCCCAAACCAUCAACUCACAAUUUAAUGACUAAUUCAACAAACAAUAAAAAUAGUUUACUUAAUGAGAAAAAUACUAUUCAAAAUACUAUACAAAGGAGUGACAACUUCACGUUGGGAACUAUCCCGUAUUUUGAAAUUAACUUCAUGAAACAAGUUGUCGACCCCCACCACAUUCCGCCACAAUACACGGAAUUUCGAUAUAGUGUUGUUGGGAAGUACGUGUACCCCGUCAUCUUUCAUAAUCAAUUUUGGUUAAUUAAAGAUUACUAUAAUCCAAUUAAUGAAACUACAGAGAACAUUUCUAUAGUUUUAAAUAUUAGAGAAAUAGGUUACUUCGCGUGGAUCAUGACGAAGUCCUUUGAAACAUCAUUUUCAAUGUACGACAAAGUCGGCAUGAUGGCACAGGCGGAGAUGGACGAGAUGAAGAGGAUGUUACUUGAGACGAACAUCUUCUUAUUAAGUGUGACGAUGGUAGUCUCUCUCCUUCAUUCCGUCUUUGACUUCUUGGCGUAUAAAAAUGAUUUCCAGUUCUGGCGGAAGAAAAGUACUUUCCGUGGGAUUUCCGUCAAGACGGUCAUCAUUUCUUUAAUAAUUCAAAUUGUCGUCUUCCUCUAUUUACUCGACAAUGAUACAAGUUACUUAAUUCUUGUUUCUGAAGUCGUUGGUAUUGCAAUGACCUUCUAUAAACUCAGUCGAGUCUUUUCUUUCAAUUUCCAAGGAAACGGCCACUUCGUCGAAUACAAAGACAAAAAUUAUGAAAAAAGUCAGACGAAACAAUAUGAUGACGUGGCGAUCAAAUACUUAGGAAUUGCAUGUAUUCCUCUGUGUAUUGGAUAUUCUAUAUAUAGUCUCUAUUAUAAUGAAUUCAAGUCGUGGUACUCAUUUGUACUCUCGAGCUUCGUCGGAGUCAUUUACACGUUCGGGUUCUUACAAAUGACUCCGCAAUUGUUCAUUAAUUAUAAACUCAAAAGCGUCGCAGAUUUACCCUGGAGAGUCUUUAUUUAUAAGUUCUUAAAUACUAUCGUGGACGACCUCUUCGCUUUUAUUAUUAAAAUGCCACUCCUUCAUAGAAUUGCGUGCUUCAGAGAUGAUGUAGUGUUCGUUAUCUAUCUGUAUCAAAGAUGGAUUUACCCCGUCGACAAAAAUAGGAUGGAUUCGAUGAAAUGGGAAGACGACGAAGGUCUUGUGAAAGAAAAUAAGGAAGAAAAUAAUAUUGAAAAUCAUGAGAAAAAUGAUUGA